AUGCCCCGGCCCCUCCCCGCUCUUCCUGGGGCAGAGCCCCCAGACAGGGAGAGGCCGUCGUCGGCUGCUUCGAAUGCUUCACCGCACGCCAAGGAAAAUACCGCCUACAGAAUGAUGGCCCUGCAGCAGAUUCGGAACAGUCUGGAACCCUUUGCCAAUCAACAAGAACUUCCGACACAAUCUCACCAUGUGAUGAAACGGAGCGAGAUGAGCUCAGCAUCAUCGACUACCUCGGAAUCGAGCUACGGCUACUCAGCGUUCAGCGCUCUACCACCCAAAACUCCCGGACGGCCCCCUGAGUUGGUUCAACGCUCUCAGUCUUGUGGGCCUCGGAAACCUCCGGCGCGUUUACCCCCGGAACAACCUUCGUUGGCAGGCGAUCAUCUGACGAACGGGGCUGUCGCGCUCCAGCAGCAGCGAGUAGCAAAUCAAAAUGCUCUGAUGGGAUUGAAGGCUUUACGGAUAUCGUCGAAGACCCUCGACCCGACGGGGACGCCGCUAUGGGAGAAAAUGACGCCGUCUGGGAGCUUGAGCGAUAGUGGAGUGGAGUCUAGUCCGACCGUGAGAAGCAUUCUUCCAGAUCCCCCGAGAUUACUGCAAAGUCCGGAUUAUUACCAACCACCCGCGCCCCAACUAUACCCCAAGAAUCCGCCCGCAGAACCCCCUCCCCCGCCCCCGAGACCAGACCGGAAUGUCUGCCCUUCGAUCGCGCCUCCCCCGAUUCAUGGGCCCAAGCCGGCCGCGAAGAAAUACCCUGCGCCUCAACGAGAGCCCCCUCCACCGUAUUCAAUAUAUUCACCGCCGAGUAUAUGCAGUAACUACUCGGGAGUCUCCUAUGUCAGCUCAUCGUUUUCAGGGGGUAGACUUUCUCCGACAAACACAAUGAGCUCAUCGGAGUGCUCGAACCCUAACCUUCCUCGGCGGACGCCUCCUCCGCAUCCUCCGGUAUCCCCACAGCCUUCAGUGUGUUCGUCGGUCAGUCUCGGUAGUUCUUCAAUGUCAAGCUCCAAGAAUCUGCCGCCCCAACAGGCGGCGUCUUGGGCCGUCAAGAAAGCGAAAUCUCAGUCGCCUGUCAUCAUGCACAGUGUCAAAGCUACGCCAAUUCAGAAACCAGUUCCGCAAACGGCAAUCGCACCUCCCAGUCGACCAGUACCGCCGGUGCCGACACAGGGCUAUUCUACUCCACCCCCAUACCCUUGUCCUCCGCCUGUAUAUCAUCGUAGGAUUCAGCAACCGCAUUCGGGUCCCACACCUCCUCCAUUGCCUCCUCCGAGGAGCGGCUCACCGCCUUCGGGGAACAGCCAGCACAGCACAAACCAUGCGCCUUCACCUUCACCAUCGUCGGUCGCUUCGAUGCCCACGAGUGAACCCCCGAGCUAUGCGUCUUCUGUUGCUGCGAUCGCAGCUCAGAAAGUGCCGCCAACUCGCGGACCCACCUCUGACCUAGUUACGACGGUAGCCAGCAUUUGCCAGAGUCAGGUGUCUGCUCUUCAAGGAACGAAUCAUAGCCAAGACAACACGAAUGUGGACAGCUCCAGCUCUCGGUCAGAGAGUCCCGUGACAGAAUCGUUCUCGGUCGGUGGCGGAGUCUGCGGUCAACUGGGCGAGAAUAAAGAAGAAUCCGACGAACCCAUCCGACACCAGAGCCCGAUACCCGAAGUCGAGUGGACGGCGGAGCGGGAAGAAUCUAAGGUCCGUAAUUAUAGUCCGGACGCGUAUAAGUUCUUCAUGGAGCAACACGUGGAGAAUGUGAUGAAAAAUCACCAGCAACGCCAACAUCGAAGACAACAAUUGGAAACCGAAAUGGCCAAGGUCGGAUUAUCGCGAGACGCUCAACUGCAGAUGCGGAAAAUGCUCUAUCAGAAAGAGUCGAACUACAUACGCUUACGGCGAGCCAAAAUGGAGCACAACAUGUUCAAGAAAAUCGCUAUCAUAGGCAUGGGCGCCUUCGGCGAGGUCGCUCUCGUCAAGAAAAUCGAUAGCCAACAGCUGUACGCGAUGAAGACGCUCCGGAAGGAAGAUGUUCUGAAGCGGAAUCAAGUGGCGCACGUGAAAGCAGAGCGAGACAUAUUGGCGGAAGCGGACAACGAGUGGGUGGUGAAGCUGUAUUAUAGUUUCCAGGACGACAAAUGCUUGUAUUUCGUCAUGGACUACAUAGCGGGAGGUGAUAUGAUGACGCUUCUCAUCAAGAAAGAAAUUUUCGAGGAAUCAUUAGCGCGCUUCUACAUCGCUGAGCUGACUUGUGCCUUGGAAAGUGUCCACAAACUUGGCUUCAUACAUCGUGACAUCAAGCCCGACAAUAUCCUCAUCGAUCGGGACGGCCAUAUAAAGCUCACCGAUUUCGGCCUAUGCACCGGAUUCCGGUGGACACACAAUUCGAAAUACUAUCAACGUAACGGGAGCCACGCUCGGCAGGAUUCCAUGGAUUUCCAUGUCUGCGAUGACGAGAGCUGUGCGUGUCGCAAACCCCUGGCGCUGCGACGACGCAAAGACCAGCAGCGUUGCUUGGCUCAGAGUCUCGUGGGCACGCCGAACUACAUCGCACCCGAGGUGUUGUUACGGGAGGGAUACAAUCAAGCUUGCGAUUGGUGGAGUGUCGGUGUGAUUCUGUACGAGAUGCUCGUGGGUCAGCCGCCAUUCCUGGCCAAUGCGCCCCAGGAAACCCAGCUCAAAGUUAUCAAUUGGCAAAAGCACUUGAGCUUCCCGCCAGCGGCCAAGCUCAGCAUGGACGCAACGAAGCUCAUUCUGGCGUUGUUGACGAGCCAGGAAAAACGUCUCGGUGCCAAAGGAGCCGACGAGAUAAAGAAGCAUCCGUUCUUCAAGGGCAUCGAUUUCGACGGUGAUCUUCGGAAAACGACGGCACCACACAUACCCGAUAUUAGAUACCCUGCUGACACGGCCAAUUUUGAUUAUUUCGAAAUGCCCAAGAGCAGUACGGACGAUGGCGCGAGCAACGGUGUCAAUGGGAAAUGCAGACCGGGGGACCGGGACGGCGAGCACGCCUUCCUGGAGUUCACCUUCAGACGUUUCUUCGAUGACGGUGGUCAGGCGUACCCAUUGCGUUUCGGGCGCCAAAGUCAGGAAGAGCAAGAGACGCCUCAAGUCGACAGUCAGGGGAAUCCCGUUUAUGUAUAGAAUUACUCGACGGAUCAGCAAGCGUGGGCUCGCUCAGUUAGGCACUCAAUUCAUUAAACUUAGAUUUCGGACGAGAGGGAAAAUGACGCGGAUGCUUGAACAAGGGGUAGCAUGUACAAACCUUUAAUU